AUGCACCAACUGCGCCGCAUCGGGCGCGACGUGCGAGGUGCUGCCGUCACGGCGCGGCCGCCACUGGCCGCCGGUGAGGCGAGCCCAAGCCACUUGAGAGACUCGACGCAGCCUCCGUCGUCAAACGUCGUCGAGCCUGCCAUCUCACUAGGCUCGGAGCAUGACCCGACCGCGUCAAGUCCCGUUCAUGGCUACCACCCAUCACCACGGCGCAUCGCCCCGGCCCCGGACCAGAUCGCGCCCACCGACACCACCGAGACGCCGUCAUCGACCUCUGCCGCGGGGACGCUCUUCUUCGGCGAGUCCAACUUCCUGACGCUCGUCCCCGGCGACGAGGCCGCGGCCGCGGGCGGCGUCGGCAGCACCCCCGGGGGCCAGAAGCCGCGCCUGACGUUCCCCAUCCCCGGCAGCCCGGGCUCGCAGUCGCAGGCCGAGGGCGCGGGCAUCAGCGCGGGCACGAUGCGCUACCUGCGCGACGAGGGCGCCCUGACGCUGCCGGACCUGCAGACGUGCCUGCCCGCGCUGCAGGCCUACUUCACCUGGUUCCACCCGUCGUUCCCGAUCCUCGACCGCGCCGAGAUCACGCGCCGCCUCGCCGCCAUGGACAUCUCGCGCUUCCUGCUGCAGUGCGUGCUCUUCAUCGGCGCGACGUACUGCGACGACGACACCAUCCUGGCCAUGGGCUUCCGCGACCGCAGCGAGGCCAAGAGGCUGCUCUACCAGCGCGCCAGGCUGCUGUUCCACGCGGACUGGGAGAAGGACGAGAUUAUCCUCAUCCAGUCCAUCUUUCUGAUGAGCUUCUGGCGCGGAGGGCCGGCGGACGUGAGGGACGUGCGGUACUGGCUCGGCGUGGUGAUAACGCUGUCUGAGUCGCAUGGCCUGCACAGAUCGCCGCGAUCACAAGUUUCCAAGAACAUACACGUAGCACGGAUGCGCAGGAGAAUAUGGUGGUGCAUAUAUGUGAGAGAACGGCAAGUAGCCGUGGCGCUAGGCCUGCCGAGCCGCAUCAGAGACGAAGACUGCGACGUCGAGCCGCUCACCGCCAGCGACCUCGAGUCAGAAAUCUGCUGCUCCAGCAAUCCCCUCUUCGGGUCAUGUCAACCCGAGCACAUUACCUACUCCAUCAAGAUGGUUGAGCUCGCCAAACUACUGGGCCGAAUCAUCGACCUUCAGUUCUCUCCUGGGCAGCCCGCAUCGACGGCAGCGGAUGUAGAGGGCCUGGACACAGCGCUCGAGGCGUGGCGUAAUAGCUUGCCAGAGAGCAUGAGGUGCGCGACGGAUGAGGGCAGCGAGUCAGUCUGGACAUGUCUCCUGCACCUUGCGUACAACCAUCUCCGCAUCCUGAUCCACAGGAACAGCUUCUUGAAGUUCGACGAGGGCAACAAGUGGAAUCAGGUCGUCACGAGUGCGGCGUGCCGCAUCAGCCGCAUCGCCGAGGACAUGUCUACGCACGGGACGCUGCGCUACGGGCAGAUGCACCUCAUCACGAGCCUCUUUGCCGCACUGUGCAUCCACGCCAUCAGCAUCCGGCGCGGCAUGGGCGUGUCGCGACGCAUCGCCGAGCACCGCGCACAAAUGUGCCUGCUCUGCCUCAAGGAGAUCCAAAAGUACUGGCGCAUCAACAACAACGUGCUGGACCUAUUCCUGCAGUACCUGGACCGCUCCAUCGCGGACCGGCUGCACGCCGCGCAGGCCGACGGGGCGGCCCAUGGGAGCGGCAACGCGGACGCGGCUGGGGACGGCGGGAUGGGCGGUAGCGGCGUCACGACGAAGCGGUCCGAGUCGUCUGUCGCGGCGGCGUCGUCUCCGUCAAUGCCGCCGUUGAGGGGCGCGGGCGAGGCGUUCUCGCCAGGGGCGGAGCACCAUCACCAGUCGGGACGCGCGCCGGACGACCUGAUGCUGCUGGAGGACCAGUACUUCAACCUGGUGCACGGGCACUGGGAGGGCGACGACGCGCUGGGCGACCUGGGGCUGUUUCUGCAGGCCGACGACUUUGCGCCGCUCAAGGGGCUCAAUGUUCUGGGGCGGUCGUUAUAG